AAAAAAAUAAAAAUCCGAACUGAACGGUCACCAUUGGCUGGUUAUCCAGCCAACCGGAGGGCAAUGCGGAAGUGACGCCAGGACGCUAAAGAUGGCGUCAGAUUCAAACGGCUCCUGGAUGAACGUCGCUGGUUAUUAGAUUCAGCCCAGCAGCGGAGCCAUGCAGACAGAACCAGCGGAGCGGAGGAGGAAGCCUGGCCGGGAGAGGCGCGGGGAGAGCGGGCAGGGCCGUGGAGAGCCGCGGGGGAGCUCCGAGGAGGAGAUGACAAGGUUGAUCCUCACCACCAGCCACCAGAAGGAGAAGCAGGCAGGAGCGAGAGGAAGAAGAGAGGGAAGGGAGGAAGAGGAGCGAGGCCGGAACAGAAGCCGAGGAGAUGGAGGCAGGAGGGCGAGGGAGGCGAGGAGCAGGAGGGCGGCGUCUGUCGGAGGAGAAGGAGGCGAGGAGUCGGAGAGGCUGAGGUGGAGAGCCAAUCAGCUGGAGAAAGAGAAGCUGGAGCUGACGGCGAGCCACAACCAGGAGCUGUGUCGGCUGCAGGCGGAGCUGACCCGGCUGAGGUCGACGGUGGAGCGAGGAGAAGCUCAGCGGGUGGAGCUUCAGUACGAGCUGACGGUGAGCCGCAGAGACGCCUCCGAGCUCGGCAGGGACAGGCUCACACUCACAGAGCGAGCAGCGCAGCUCCAGCAGAAGGUGGAGGAGCUGCAGAAAGCUCUGGACAUCACCCGGCAGGCCAGAGAGGAGGACCAGCAUGCUUUGCAGCAGGAGGUGGAGGAGCGAGACCGACUGAUCCAGAGCUUCAGCUCCGAAAACCAACGACUGCACCGCCUGCUGCAGGAUCACGAGGAGGCCCUGGAGGAGACGGAGAGGAGAAGGACGGAGGUGCAGAAGGAGAGAGAGAAGGAGGCGGAGCUUAACAGACAACAAGCCAAUGACCUGAAAUACCUGACGGAGAGAGAGGAGAGGAGCAGGAGGGAGAAGGAGGUGUGCGAUCAGAGGAUCAAGGUUCUGGAGUCAAACAUCGAGGCCGAGCGAGCGGCUCACCUGGAGACCAAGUUCAACUCUGAGAUCAUCCAGCUGCGGGUCCGGGACCUGGAGGCGGUGCUGGUGGCGGAGCGGUCCGGCCAGCAGGAGGCGUCGUGCAGCCUGGAGCUGCUGAGAGCUCAGCUGAGGGAGGUGGAGCGAGCCUACAGCCUGGAGAGAGAGAGGAGCAGCAGCACUGAGCACGCUCUGCAGAGGCUGCAGGAUGAAUACGAGCAGUGCAAGUCUGACCUGAGCGUUGCCUUGGAGACGGAGAGGAAGACGACCUCUGACCUCACAGAGAAGCUGGAGGAGGAGGAGAGACGGCACGCCAACACACACACACUGCUGGAGCAGGCAGCUCAGAGACAGACGGACUGCAUGAAACACAUCAGAGACACACUCGAACUACACAACAACGCAGCAAAGCAUGAUGGGAAUGUGAGUCCUUCUGCUGAAGUCCUGCAGCUGCUGAAGACGACACUCAACACCUGCCAACACAGACAGGAAACCACUGACAGACAGGUCGAGGAUCUGCUGUUUGCAUCAGAGAAGCUUCAGCAGGAGAACCAGAUGCUCCGACAGCUGACCUCAGACCAGAGCAGACAGCUGGAGGAGUCACGGCAGCUGCUGACCAAACUGGAACAGGAAGUGACUCGCCUGCAACAGGAGAGCUCUGAUUGGUCGACGCAGAGCCGAGGUCUGCAGGCCGAGCUGGAGAGAGAGAGGGAGGAGAGGGGGAGAGAGAAGGAGGCGAGGGAGAAAGAGAAGGAGGAGAGGACGGCAGAGGUGCAGAAGAUAACAGACGACUACCAACAAGAGUCAAAGGCCUGUCUGUCCUUCCUCUACUGUAUCUACCAGCGCCUGCUGGCCAGCUGCGUCCUCCUCAAUCAGUCCCAGAGCAUCCUGGGUAAUUUCACCUGGAAGGAGCUGAGUGACGUCAUCAACGAACAGGUUGACCUUCUGACCUCUGAACUCCGGAAGGCCAACGACAAGAUCGCCCACCUGCAGAGUGUGUGUGAGAAGAAGAGUGUGUGUGUGCGUGAGCUGCAGCGCAGUCAGGAGUGUGUGUUGUCUCGUCUGGAGGAGAGCGUGAGGAGGAGGGAGGAGGCGUGGAGCAGCCAACACACACACGCUGUGACACAGCUUCAGAAGGAGCUGCAGGUGUGUCGUUCUCAGUGCGACUCCCUCCGUGACCACGCCUCCUCUCUGACCUCCGACCUCUCGCGGCUGCAGGGCCUCCUCUCUCGGAGCCGCAGGGAGUCGGCCUCCUUCCUGUCGGCCUGCGCUCUGAUGGCCGGAGCGCUCAAACACACACAGCGCCGUCUGCAGACGCUCUGCCAGCAGAAAACACUCCUGUCCAGACGGCUGGCGGAGAGGGAGGUGCUGGAGGAGGAGGUGAGGAGGCUGGCCGGAGCCCUGGGAAGUGAUGAAGACGAGGAGGAGGAGGACGAGGAGGAGGGACGAAGACGAGCGGAGAGGAGCAGGGCAGUGAGGCGGUGGAGGAGGAGUGUGUGUGUGGUGCUGGCGGUGAGGAGGUGGCGUGUUCUGGCCCAACAGACGGCGGUGUUGUUUCGGGUGGAGGUGGGAGGAGGCGGGCCGGCUGUGUGUGUGUGUGGAGGAGCGACUACGGCAACACAGAAGGGUCAAGACUCAGUGAGAGCAGCUAAAGAUGACGAUGAUGAUGAUGAUGAUGAUGAAGGAGUGUGCGCUCGCUGGCUGCGCUCUAAAUCUCUCGCCUCCGCCAUUUUGUCCUCCGUGUCCGACCUGCAGGCGGCGCUGUCACACAGGGGCUCCUCCCCUCCAGACGUGAUGUCAGCCUCCCGUUCUGCUUUGUCCCGCCUCCUGGAUCACCUCCUCAACCAAUCAGAAGUGCCAUCCAGUCUGUCUCACUGCACAUUGGACAAGGACACGCUGAGCGGCCGGCUGAGACUCGGCCUGAGCAGACUGACGCCUCCACAGCCGAACACCAAGGCCCUGGUGUCGACCCUCCAGCAGCACUUCCUGCUCUUCAGCCAACGGCUGCACUCGGCCGAGGUGGAGAGGCGGAGCCUGAGGCUGGAGGUGGCCAAUCUGAAGAAAGGCCUGCGGCAGGAGAGAGCGGAGACCAGCAGGACGGUCCCAGCUGAGCGCUUCAACAGUGUGUGUGUGGAGCUCCGUCAGGCGCUGAGCAGAGAGCAGGAAGCUCAGGCACUGAUCCAGGAGCAGACGGACCGGCUGCACACACUGCAGCGCCGAGUCGACACACACACCUCGGAGCAGGCGAACACACAACACACACUCGGCCAGACGUCACAGUCUCUGUUGGAGGCUCGGCAGGAGGUGAGUCGGAAGGAGCGCUCGCUGAGGAUUCUGGGUAAGCACCUGUCGGGGGUCCAGAGGGAGAGGAAGCAGCUGGAGGAGAGACUGCGGCAGGUGGAGGAGGAGCUGAGGGAGGCCGGCAGACGUAAAGAUUCGCUGAUCAGCAGCAUGAAGGCUGCGGAGACGAGCUGCAGGGAGGUCAGAGACAGUCUCGUCCAAUCACGUCGCUCCCUGUCGGCUCAGCCCCGCCCUCUGCCGCUACACCUGGAGCUGAGUGGAGCAGAGAGCAUCAUGGGAGCUCCUGAGGUGGCGGCGUGUCAGAGCCUCCUCACCGCCGUCGCUAACCUCCAUCACACCUGCAGCUCCAGGAUCGACUGGCUGGAGCAGGAAGUCUCCGCCCACCGCAGUCACGUGACCGCGCUGCGCAGCGAGCUGCAGGACGCCUGUCUCCGUGACAACCUGGCCUUCGUCCCCGUGUCUGAGUUUCCUGAAGUGUCUCCGUUCACUGACGUAGAAACCUCUGCACCUGUUCCCCUCUCAGAUUUGUCCAAAGAGCCGCCAGUCUGUUUAAACCCCGCCCCCUCUCAGUCAGACCCCGCCCCCUCAUCUCCUCGCUCCAAACCCUCCAGGACGAAGGAGAAGAAAACCCUGAAGAAGAACAGAGGAGGGAGACGAUAGAACGACGGACAGGAAGUCAGACGAGCCCGUCCAGACGUCCUGGAGAUCCUUGAAUAUUAUUGACCAGGCAGUGAAUGUAUAAUAAUGAGGAGUUCUUGAAAAGUC